AUGGAAAAUCAAAAUGAAAAAGACGUGCAGCUUGAACAAGCGUGUUCUACGCUGAGCUAUGAGGAUCUAGUUGAUAUAAUUGUUAAUGAUAAGCCUGUGCCGAACCUGAUAGUGGUCCAAGAUAAAGUUCAUGAAGAAUCUUUAUGGACAAAAUCCCAGCUUAAACCAAGGCAAAAACCAUGGAUAUCAAACGCUCAACAAUCAGAGAACGAUUACAAAGCUGCAUCUGUAAAUGAGUCCACUGCUGACGAUAGUAGCGCAGGUAAGUCUAACUAA